CGCGGUGCUUGGAAAACGCGCUGUAGGAUUCCAUUUCCUUCUCCCUGUAUUUACCGUUUGCUACUUCAACAGGGGACUGUUGGGCGCAGCCAAGGGUAGCGGUGCAUUUUACCCACCCACUAUUGAUCAUGAUCCCUUCAGGGUCCUCAGCGGCGCCUGCGGAAUGGUCGAGCUCGCAUGGUCCGGACUGUAUAAAACGCAUGUACAUGGCGGGAUUUCUUCUACAAAGUAAAAAUGUACCCCGACCAACCUAAGCUGACCUUCUCCCUUUCUACCCUUUUAACAUGUUCAUGUGAUGAAUCCAACAUGUUUAACGGAGCCGUUAGGGACACUUAUUUGGCGCCAACUCAACUUGCGUGUUCCCCUGACCCUACUUGUUCGGGGUAUGGCGAAAGGAGGGGCGAUUCAUCAUCACAACUGCAUCACCAAGGACUCGUCGGCAACGACCCGUGCUCGUUCAGUGACUCUGUCAGAUAUACUUCGGGGCAAAGUCAAAAAGGACAUUCAUGCACAGUAUUUACACCUGAUACUAUCACUUGGGAUGCAGAGUUGGAUCUAGCCCGAGUGGGUGAUGCUGAUACAGUGCUUCCUCAAAACGCAGUACAGGAAGUGACCCACGGAUACCGAGCGAGCUACUGCACAGGAACCCCAACCAACUAUUCCAACUGCCCCUCGACAAGUUGCCUCCAUUUAUGUGUAGAUGGGACUUUGUGUUUGCAAGAGAUCAGCUGUGCUACAGUUCCGAGCCACUUUGUUGGCCAUGGCGUAAAGAAGAAGUCUCGCAAGAAGGCGGUCCGCUGUAUGUGGGAAGGGUGUGUCAAAACAGUUGCUCGACACUCAUUUGUCCGCCACGUUCGCGAGAAACACCUUGGACAUGUCAGGGAACGAGCGUCCACAACUCGGAGAACGAAUCGGGCAACAAGCCUAAUCCCCCUUCCUUGGGGGAUGGUAUGCGGGGCCAUCCCAGCUGAAAGUGAGUACAUUUGUACCAGACAAUACUUCGAGACUACCUCUCACCUUUGAAUGACAGAGCACAAGUUAUGAGUUGGAACGGACUGUUCAUCGACAGGAUUGUUGGGACUUGCCCCUUUAUAUAUGUGUAGUGAUUCAAAACAAACCACUCUUGAGUGGACGUAGAUUUCUAGUGGCCGUCUUUCUUAACUUUUCAAUUUCAGUCUCUG